CUUCUUCUUCUUCUUCAACUCAAGAAAUAUAUAUAGAUAAAUAUUCUAAAAACUCUUCUACAGAAGAGCAACAGGAUAUCUCUAGAACAAAUAAGAGUAACAAUACUCAAGCUAGUAUAUCAAAAAGAACAGAGAAUACAACUCUAACUACUAAAGAUACAAAUAUGACAAAUAAUAUUACUUCUAAUAAGAAAAUAGUACAAGAG